AUGUCCGAAAUCGCGGGCCCUGCAGCUGCUGCCCUAGCAUCGCUAAGCCCUGAUGACGUACUUUUUCUUCAGGCACUCCCAAAGGCAGAACUUCAUGCUCAUCUCAAUGGAUCUAUACCCAUCAAAACCCUUCUUGAACUUGCACAGCAACACUCACCUACACAGUCAUCUGAGGUCGCAGACACUCUCCAGAAACUUAAGUCUGGAGCUGUCUUGGAUGAAAUAGAUGACUUUUUCUCUCUUAUGCCCGCUAUCUAUGCUCUGACAUCAACUCCAGAGGCAGUCACGACAGCCACUCGUGCAGUUCUCCAGUCAUUCCUGAACCCCACAGGUGAUGGCACGGGAAGCCCUCAGUGCGCGUACCUUGAACUACGAACCACACCUCGCGCGACAGCCCACAUGACGCAAGAGAGGUACCUCACAGCUGUGCUUGAUGAAGUAGAAUUUUAUCCUGCCACUCAGGCCGCCCUGAUCGUGUCCGUCGAUCGUCGCAUGAGUGACCUGGACGUUGAGGAAUGUGUAAGUCUUGCCAUUGAGAUGAAGAACAGGGGAAGAAGAGUUGUAGGUGUUGAUGUAUGUGGGGAUCCACGCAAGGGCGAUAUGCAAUCUUUCACUCAGCACCUCUUGAGAGUCAAGGGCGCUGGUCUUGGAUUGACUGUGCACAUCGCGGAGUGCACAGAGAAUACAACCGAAGACUCUCUGGCACUCCUUAGUUGUCGUCCGGACCGACUCGGACACACGACCUUCCUUUCAGAUGAACUCAAGGCUCUAAUACGACUCAUUCCAUGCGUCGAGAUAUGCCUAAGUUCCAACAUUUUAGGCAAACUUGUCGCAUCCCUCGACACGCAUCAUAUUCACUAUUAUCUGAAGAACAACCAUCCUAUCGUCAUCUGCACCGAUGACGCACUCCCUUUCAGAACGUCUUGUCUUGGAGAGUACUCUUUGCUCCUAGCGCAGCCUCCGCUAGGCCUUGGCUUGAGCAGAGGUGAUGUGACUAGAAUCGCGCGGAUGGGCAUGGAUGCUGCAUUUUCGAGGCCUUGUGAUUGA